GAUGAAUUCUAUGUUGUCAUGUCAAAACCUCUGCAUUUGGUAUAAACCCAACAAUCAGCAUUACCCUAUAAUCGAAAAAUCCCAUCAUUAUACAUAAAAAAGUAUAAGGAAUCAGGCAAACCCCAAAAAUGGCUGCCGAUUCGUCAUCAUCUGAAGCAAAAGUUCACAUAGUCUACACCGAAAGACCCGAAGAUGAAGAGCCAGAAGCCUACCAUAUCAAGACCCUCACCUCUGUUCUUGGCAGUGAGGAUGCUGCUAAGGAGGCUCUGGUGUAUAGUUACAAGCAUGCUGCAAGUGGCUUCUCUGCUAAGUUGACCCCAGAUCAUGUCUCUCAGCUUUUGAAACAACCCGGUGUGCUUCAGGUCGUACCCAGCCAAACUCUCCAGCUGCAUUCUGGACCCGGGAAGGCUCAAGUGUGAGAGAUUAUUGCUUUACGGAUAUUACUACCCUUCCCUUUCUGAACCAUGUUGCUUUGCACUGUGUAUGAGUAUGUAUGAUGAAAGGUUAAACAUCAUUUGUAUAAUAUUUGGAUAUUCAGAAACUGUAGUUUCAUUGCAAAACUAUUGUUUUUUUAAAGAAAAACAGCCUUCUCUCAAA